UUAUUCCUUUCCCCACGGGUUUGGAGAGUUUACAUCUGGUGUUCAUCUCCGACAAGUAUACAAACAGAAGAGGCUUUAACAUCCGGGUAACCCAGCUCCGUGGUUCUUGCUACAGGGCUGUUGGGGAUUCGAAUACUUGUGAUACGUUACGUGAUGCCAGCGGUGUGAUACAGACCAGUAACUAUCCUGCCUCGUAUAAUCCAAACACAGACUGUAGUUACAAAAUAUUUCGACACAGCAGCGCCAUCUGCCGGUUAGAGAUCUACUUCUCGAAGUUUGACGUUGGUCAGGGUGAAAGCGAAGGUUGUGAUGGAGAUUAUCUACAAAUUCAUGGCUCCCGAUACUGCGGGAUUUUGGAUGGACAAACAGUACACGUUCCUUUUCCGAAAAAUGAGAAUGAGAUUGAUUUCCCUUUCCGAACGGAUGGAACUGCCCAGAAAUCAGGAUUUCGGUUAGAAGUGAAACAGUUGAGCCAUGGAUGUGACGAGGAACGUUCUACCAAAGAUUGCGAUAUCACCUUUACAAAAGAAACGUUCCAGAUUAUCAGCCCCGGGUACACGAAUAGGUCCUACCCUUCUAACAUAGACUGCAAAUACACAGUGAAAAAAAGCACAUUUGACGUGUGCGCUAUCGAAAUCAAGUUUAAUGCCUUUCGUUUAGAGGAAUCCGAAGAUUGUACCAAAGAUUAUUUACAAAUUGGAGACGAGAAACUUUGUGGAAAACUACCAUACGAUUCACUUCAUACCUACCAGUUUCCGGCGGAUGAGUUACUUCUUGCACUACACACAGACACCUACGCAAAUUACGCGGGAUUUUUUUUAACGGGAAGACAAGUAUCUUGUUGA